AUGUCUUUGGAUACCUAUGUCAAGGGUACUAAGUGCUGGUUCACAGAUGUCCAGGAGGGCUGGAUCAGCGCCAGCCUUAACACCACAGAUGUCGCUGCCGACGGAAAAGUCACCAUGACCUUUGUGGACGAUAACGGAAAGGACCAUGUCUUCUCGUCCACACUCGCCAAGAUUGAAGAAUCCAAUAAUGCCAACCUCCCUCCCAUGCGCAACCCUCCCCUCUUGGAAGGCACAGAGGAUUUGACCAACCUUUCAUAUCUUAACGAGCCUGCCGUCCUGAGCAACAUUAAGACGCGUUACUCCCACUGCAACAUCUACACAUACUCUGGAAUUGUGCUUAUCGCUGCCAAUCCCUUUGCCCGUGUCAACCUGUACACCCAAGACAUCAUUCAGGCCUACUCUGGCAGGAGACGUGGUGAAUUGGAGCCCCAUUUGUUCGCCAUUGCCGAGGAUGCCUACCGCUGCAUGAUCCGCGACGAGAAGAACCAGACCAUCGUCGUCUCUGGAGAGUCUGGAGCCGGUAAAACCGUCAGUGCAAAGUUCAUUAUGCGUUACUUCGCCACCGCCGACGAUAGCGAGCGUGGCACCGAUUCGUCCAAGACCGGUAUGAGUGAGACUGAGGAGCAGAUUUUGGCCACCAACCCUAUCAUGGAGGCCUUCGGUAACGCCAAGACCACCCGUAACGAUAACUCUUCCCGCUUCGGAAAGUUCACUGAGAUUCAGUUCGACAAGGAGCGCAACAUUAUCGGAGCCAAGAUCAGGACAUACCUGUUGGAGCGUUCAAGAUUGGUCUACCAGCCCGAGCUCGAGCGUAACUACCAUAUUUUCUACCAGUUGGUUGCUGGUGCCCCUCCAUCUGAGAAGAAAUCGCUGGAUCUCCAAUCCAUCCAGCAGUUCAACUACUUGAAGCAGGGAGGUGUCCACAUCAUCAACGGCGUCGACGAUGCCGCCGAGUUUGAGAUCACACAGCGCGCCCUUUCAACGAUCGGUAUCUCGGUCCAGGCUCAGUGGGAUAUUUUCCGUCUCUUGGCUGCCUUGCUCCACAUUGGUAACAUCCAGGUCACUGGUCGUAACGAUGCCAUGAUUUCCGAUGAGGAUCCUUCCUUGAUCACUGCCUCCCGCGUCCUCGGCAUUCCCGUUUCAGAGUUCAAGAAGUGGCUCGUCAAGAAGCAGAUCACCACCCGUUCCGAGAAGAUUGUCUCCAACUUGAAGCCCGAGCAGGCUUUGGUUGUCCGUGACUCCGUCGCCAAGUAUAUCUACUCGUCUCUCUUCGACUGGCUCGUUAACAACAUCAACGCCAGUCUCUCCAGCGAGGCCAUCGCCAGCAAGAUCCAUUCCUUCAUCGGUGUCCUCGAUAUUUACGGUUUCGAGCAUUUCAAGAAGAACUCGUUUGAACAGUUCUGUAUCAACUACGCCAACGAGAAGCUCCAGCAAGAGUUCAACCAGCACGUCUUCAAGUUGGAGCAGGAGGAGUACGUCCGUGAGAAGAUUGACUGGAAGUUCAUCGAGUUCAGCGACAACCAGCCCUGUAUCGAGAUGAUCGAAGGUCGCUUGGGUGUCCUUUCCCUUCUUGACGAGGAGGCUCGCAUGCCCUCUGGCUCCGAUCAAGGAUGGUGCAACAAGCUGUUCAGUCAACUCGGCACCGAUAAGCACAAGAAGUGGUUCACCAAACCCCGUUUCUCCAACUCUGCCUUCACCAUUUCCCACUACGCCCACGAUGUCACCUACGACUGCGAUGGAUUCCUCGAAAAGAACCGCGAUACCCUUCCCGACGAGUUGUUGAACUUGAUCAAGAACUCUGACAACGAGUUUUUGGAGGAGGUUCUCAUGACCAGUGCCACCCUCGGCGCCGGAGGAAGCUUAACUGAGGACAAGCGCAAGAGCGUCAUCAACAGAAAGCCCACUCUCGGAUCCAUCUUCAAGGGCUCCCUCAUCCAGCUCAUGGAUACCAUCAACUCGACCAACGUCCACUAUAUCCGCUGUCUCAAGCCCAACGAGGCUAAGCAGCCUUGGGUCUUCGAUGCUCCCAUGGUCCUCGGUCAGUUGCGUGCCUGCGGUGUUUUGGAGACCAUUCGUAUCAGUUGUGCCGGUUACCCCUCCCGCUGGUCCUUCCCCGAGUUCGUCGAGCGUUACUACAUGUUGGUCAACUCUGAGCACUGGGGCUUUGACACCCAGAAGAUGUGCUCUGCCAUUCUUGAGGCCACCAUCAAGGAGGCCGACAAGUACCAGGUCGGUCUCACCAAGAUCUUUUUCCGUGCCGGUCUGCUCGCCUAUAUGGAGAAGCUUCGUACCGAGAAGUUGAACGGCUACGCCACCUUGAUCCAGAAGAACGUCCGCCGAUUUGUCGCCCAGAAGAGGCACCAGCGCACUCGCAGUGCCGCCAUCACGAUUCAGUGCUUUGCCCGCAAGGUCAUUGCCCAGAAGGAAGCCCGCGCCCUUCGCGAGGUGCGCUCCGCUGUCUUGCUCCAGACCUUUUUGCGCGGUUACGUUCAGCGCAAGAAGUACGUCGAGACCCGCAACCACAUCCUCCGAGUCCAGUGCCUCGUUCGUGCCAAGCAAGCCCGCAACGCCUUCCAGAACAUGCGCGAGACCAACGGCGCCACCAAGAUCCAGCAGAUCUGGCGUGGAGCUGUCGCCCGUCGCCAGUUCAAGAAGGAGUUACUCGCCAUUGUUCUCAUCCAGUCGUGCAUUCGUCGCAACAAGGCUCGCAAGGCUCUCUUGGCUCUGAAGGCCGAGGCCCGUUCUGUGAACCAUCUGAAGGAAGUCUCUUAUCGCCUCGAGGGAAAAGUGGUGGAGCUGACGCGAGCGCUGGACUUGGCGCAUCAGCAGAACAAAUCUUUCGACGCCCAGGUGGCGAGCCUCGAAACCCAGGUCCGGUUGUGGAAAGAAAAGUACGAAUUAUCACAACAUACCAAGUCGAAGGAGAUUGCCCUUGCUGCGGAGAACCCCACUGUGCCCAAGAACGAGUUCGAGACUCUGAAGGCAGCCAACGUGGAGCUUCAGUCCAAGUACAACGAGUCGAUCGAGAAGGUCAGGACGCUCGACCAAGAGAUCACAAAGCUCACCGAGUCUCUGGCAAAGACCAAGGAGGAGAUCCACAAGCUGGCCGCUCAAGCCAAGGUCAAGCCCGAGGACUCGGAGACGGUGACGGCCCUCAAGCGCGAAAACCAGUACGUCCGCGAGCAGUUAGCUCAACUGUCAAAGGCUACUGGACGCGACACCUCAAGCUUCCCAGUUACGUCGAAGGUCCACUCCCCCCCAUCCAGCAACAACAACGCGAACCCUCAGUCCCAUACGGCCCCCUCGAUCCAUAGCCAGCUUGCCCAGGGCACUAUCGACAAGUACGAGAACUCGUACUCCUUUGCCAAGGAGACCCCUCACAAGAUCGUCACUACCCUUCCCGCCGCCGUCCCCAUCCCCCACAACUCUAAGGCUGCCCCCAAGGCCACUCGUAACCGCAGCAACAGCACACCCGACAUUGCCGGUCUCGAGAACGGUACCCUCUUCAAGCCCCAGAAGACCACCAACAGCGUCUUUGACAACCUCGACAACCACAGCCGUACCGCAAAGACUAUGUCGGGUGAUGACUGGUCUCGCCGUCUUCCCCGCUCACGCCCUAGCAUCCACAGCCUGAUCGAGCAGCCUGAGGUCGAGAUCAUGCGCAUCCUCGAGGACGAGGAGGGUCUCCAGGAAGAGAUCUUGAGCGGAUUGAUCAAGAACAUGAAGAUCCCCUCGCCCAGUUUGUCGAACCUGCCCUUGAUCAAGGAGAUCAUGUUCCCCGCCCAUUUGAUUGGUCUCUUGACUACCCAGAUGUGGAAGUACGGCUACAUCAAGGAGUCCGAGCGUCUGAUGAUCAACGUCAUGCAGGCUAUCCAGCAGCAGUCGAUGGCCAUUGUCGGCGACGAUACCAUCAUCCCCUGUGCCUACUGGUUGUCGAACGUCCACGAGCUCUUGUCGUUGAUCUGCAUUAGCGAGCAGGAGAUUACUCGUGAGGAGUUGAUGGCCCGUUGCGGAGACGACUAUGACUGGACCGAGUACGAGCAGUUGGUGUCGACUGUCAAGUAUGAGUUGGAGUGCCUCGAGUACAACAUCUUCCACGUCUGGAUGAAGUCGCUCAAGAAGCAGCUCAACAAGAUGAUCAUCCCCGCCAUCAUUGAGAGCCAGGCCCUCCCCGGAUUCAUCACCAACGACUCUGGACGCUUCUUCAACAAGCUGAUCGGAUCCGGCCCCACCUUCAGCAUGGACGACCUCCUGAUGUUGUUCAACAAGAUCUGGAAGGCCAUGAGCUGCUACUAUGUUGAGCACUCUGUUGUCCGCCAGGUCAUGACCGAGUUGCUCAAGAUGGUCGGUGUCACUGGUUUUAACGACUUGCUGAUGCGCCGCAACUUCUGCACCUGGAAGCGCGCCAUGCAGAUCCAGUACAACAUCACCCGUAUUGAGGAAUGGUGCAAGGGACACGAUCUGCCCGAAGGCACCCUCCAACUCGAGCACCUCAUGCAGGCCACCAAGCUGUUGCAGCUCAAGAAGGCUUCGCACAACGAUAUCGAGAUCAUCUACGACGUCUGCUGGAUGUUGACCCCUACACAGGUCCAGAAGUUGGUCCAGAACUACAUGAUCGCCGACUACGAGGUCCCUGUCAGCCCCGACUUGAUCAAGGCCAUUGCCCAGCGUGUUGCCGCCAACGAGAAGAAUGAUACCCUGAUGCUGGAUGCCAUCUCCCUCGAGGAUGCCGGCUCGUUCGAGACCCCCGAGAUCCGUGAUGUCGACCUGGAUGGUGAACGCUACCUGCCCGGUUGGCUCGUCAACCUCAGCCGCCUCAAAUCGUUGAUGCACUUGGUCGUCGUUUAA